UCUGUCGAAAUACUGCAAUAACCGUCCCAUUCGUGUGUGUAUAUGCUGAAAGUGCCUACAUAGUUGUACCUCAGUCAGUUUGUAAUAUUCCACGCAUACAAACAAUCGCCCGAUUUUUUUUCUUUUUUUUAUAAUCCACCUACGUGUGCCAUAUAGACCUGACAACGUCGGUCAAUGUCGACGAUUACAACUAGUUGUGUGGUCUACAGAUAUGUGGAUUUAUAAUUGUGUCCGUGGCGUUAUCCCAAUCUAAAUCCAACACGGGUUUACAACUCACGCCAUGGCCGAGCUCUGCACGUGGAUGAGGAUGUUAGAUAAAGUUGAACUGCUGUAGCGGUCAUCAAGGCCCACCUGUUACCCCUAAAGCCCCCACCGUGGACGGGUGUCUCCGGAACUCUCUUCAUGAUGGACCUGCAGCCUGCCGUGUCAGUCCAGGUGGGCGCCGACAGCAAGGAGCCGGCUGUCACCCUCACCGCACCCUCUGUACCUGACCCGCUCAGUUUAAAACCCUGCCUCUUUAACUCAGAGCUUGUGGAGAGCCAUGCUGUGUCUGUGACCAACACAGACUCCAUGCCAACCCUUCCUUCCUCGCCUGCUGAGGCAUGCCUUGCCAAGCUAGCUACAACCUCACCCACCACCUCCACCGCGGAAGGCACUGUCGUGGACAAAAGCCCUACUACCUCAGACAUCGCCUCGGCCUCGGACUCCCUCGCAAGCACCGGGACGAGUUUGGCCGAAUCGACAACUACAACAAUAACAACAAUAACAAUGGCGGCGGAAGCAAUAGAGUCUUCUUCGCCACCUCCUGCCUUCGUGGCUCUGAGCGUCGACCCGUUCCAAAAGGGCCACUCUCCCGCCGUGCUGAGGUUCAAGGGCAUCAGCGUCACCCUGGAGAACAACAGCGUGUGGAAGCAGUUCCACUCCUACGGCACCGAGAUGAUCCUCACCAAGAGCGGCCGGCGCAUGUUCCCGUACUGCCGGUACCGGCUGUCGGGCCUCAACCCCAGCCAGCGCUACAGCCUGGUGCUGUCCAUCGUCCCCGCCGACCAGCACAAGUACCGCUGGAACACCAAGAAGUGGGAGGUGAUCGGAGCCGCCGAGUACCAAGCCCAGGGGCUGAUCCGCGCCUUCCCCCACCAGAACUCCCCCUGCCUGGGCUCGGAGUGGAUGAACACCCUGGUGUCCUUCUACAAGCUGAAGCUGACCAACAACAUGAGCGACCAGGAAGGACACAUGAUCCUGCACUCCAUGCACCGCUACAUUCCCCGGCUGCACGUCAUACCGGUGCUGGACGGGGACGGGCCCACGGCGGACCAGCCCGUGAUCAAGGGGCCCGAGAGCAUGACGUUCACCUUUCCCCAGACGGAGUUUGUCACCGUGACCACGUAUCAGAACCCCUGGAUCAUACAAUUGAAAAUUAAUCACAACCCCUUCGCCAAGGGCUUCCGGGAGGAGGGCAUCCAUCCCCGCCUGUUCAAGCCCAAGUUGGGGGACUCUCCGGGGACGAAAGAGGCCCAAUCGCCGGUCACGAAACCGGCUGAGGACGACGACGACGACGACGGCGGAGCCAUGGAGAUCAGCAUGGAGAAGACGCCCGUCGCCUGCACCAACACGUCCCCCCUCCCGACCCCUCUCUGCGACACACCCGAGCCCCACGAAGCGCAGCCCGAGGCGGCCAGGACCCAGGACCCCGUCGUCCCUGUCCCCGAGGAGGCCAUGGAGGUGGUCCCCACGGAGAGGAGCCCCCCCACCGGGCCACCGAGCCCCACCGGGCCCCCGAAGCGGCCCCGUGGCCGGCCCCGCAAGAGGCUCAGCCUGGGCAUGUCCCCUUCGGCGGGGGCGGGGGCGGGCCCCGGCCCCGGCCCGUUGCACGCCGUGGAGACACGGUCGUCCAAAGCGCCGGUCGUACCGGAGGACUCGGACGAGGACUACACGACCACGCCCGCCAGCUCCAGGAAGAGGAAGAGGCCCAACAAGAAGUGGGGCAACUCCCGGGGCCGGGCGGACGGGAGGCCGGGCGGGGCCGCGGUCGCCAGCCCGGCGGUGGCGGUGGCGGGCCCUGCCCAGCCGGAGAGCGACGACGUGGAGGGCCUGCUGUUUGUGUCGUUCACCUCCAAGGUUGUUGUUGUUGUUGUUGUGUUUGUGUUUUCUAGUUGUUGUUCAAUGUUUUGUGUUUUCCCCUUGGCAACAGGAGGCUCUUGGGCUCCACCUGGGCGACCGGGGAGCAGGGAACGACAGGUCCUCCUCAGCUCAGGACUCUCCCGUGUCUUUAAGGGCCACGCUGGAUCCAACCGGAGGUCAUCUGCCCCUCCCCCGCCCCGACUUGCCCGGACUUGGCAACACCACCCCCCUCUCCCCGACAGUUGGCGGAGCCGCGUUUGUGUCGCGGACGGGGAAGACCAGCGACCUGACGAAGAUCAAGGGCUGGAGGGACAAGUUCAUCAAGCGCAGCAAAGAGUCCUCCGCUCAGCAAGAUGGCUCUCAGAAGGACCUGUCGGCCUUCUGCAGCAACAUGCUGGACGAGUACCUGGAGAGCGAGGCGCAGCAGAUCAGCGAGCGGGCCGCCGCCUUCUCCGCCAGCACCGAGGCCCCGGUGGCGUACCAGCUCCCCGAGAAGAGCUCCAGCUACGUGAAGACGCUGGACAGCGUGCUGAAGCACCGCAGCCCGGCGGCAGUGGGGCGGCGGCGGCGGUAGCGACGCCCAAAGCUCCCAUGCGGGCCAACCGACCCUGUCCCCUCUCCAUGAAGCCCCUCCUCUACUCGGUGCUCACCUCGCCGGCUCCUCCUCUCAAGAUGGACCGACCGGCGGCCCCCAAGGCCAAGUCGCCCAGGCCCAAGCCGGCGACGCCCAAAGCGGGUCCGGACGCGGCCAAGAGCCUUGUGGCUCAGGCCGGAGUCAAGGCCUUACCCAUCUCCCUGUGGUUCCCGGCGGAUAAAACCUCACCGGCUCCCGCCUCUCACGGAUCCCAGGCGACCAGCAGCAGCAGCAGCAGCAGCAAUAGAGCGGUGCCGGCUCUGAAGAUGAGUCCGGGCUGGGGCCUGCUGCAAGCCCACCUUCAGGGCAAGGGCCUGUCCAAGUUGCAGCUUCGCAUGCUGGGCAUGGAGGAGACGCUGGAGCACCAGGGCGUGGUCCGCACCAGCCUCACCCACGAGAGGCUGGACUUCGCCCUGUCGGCGCUGCUGACCGCCACGAUGAAACACAAGCAGCCGUCGCCCCCGGCCCAGUACACCUCGGCCUCGGGCCCUGCCUGCGGCCAGGUGUACUGCCGGCUUGGUUGCGUGUGCUCCAGCCUGGCCCGUGUCAACCGGGGCCCGCUUCACUGUCGCCGGCCCGACUGCAUGCUGGGCUGUGACUGUUUCAAACGCAAGAUCGUCAAGCAGCUCCUGGGAAGCGAGGACGAGAAGCCACCGGAGAGCCAGUCGAACCCUCUAUACGCGGUGAAGAGCCUUCAGCACGAGGUGCAGCCGAGCCCCGGGUCCCACUGGGACCGCAUCUGGCACAAGGAGCUGGCCCCGCCCGACCCGGAGCCCCUCUAUGCUCCCAAGAGCCUGGACAGCAUGUGCUACACCUCCAGGCGCCCCGUUUACCAACACGUCCAACCGAUACAGGAAAAGGACAAGGACCCGGUGUAUAAGUACCUGGAGAGCUUGAUGACCUGCGCUCGUAUCCGGGAGUUCAGAACCUCCAUGAAAAACCCCUCCAAAGACACCGAUUCUGCCAAGGCCCCGGUGGCCCUGAAGGGCACGGCCCCAGCCCCGGUGCUUCUUCCACAGCCCAAGAAGGCCUGCGUCCCGGCUAGAAAGUUCCCAAACAUCAUAUUGACUUUUAAAAACACAGGGAAGAACUGCGCCGUGGACAACGACCCCCUGGACGCCCAGCAGAUAGAGAUCCUGUCCGAGUGCCACUGGGACGACGACCGCAAGCUCAUCCUGGGGGCUCUGUGUCAACGCAUGAAGCGCGGCAACCUGGCCAUCCCCUUCUGUGCCGGGCCCUACCACGUCUCCCUCAUCGCCAAGAUCCUCAGGCCCAUGGCCAACGGCUCCACCAUCAGCUACAAGAUGCGCAUCUGUAGGCUGAAGGCUGCCAGUGAGGAUGAGGAAGAUGCGGACGACACCUCGGACGAGGAAGAGGUCGACGAGAACGACUCUGAUGACGGGGAAAUUCACAGCAGCGGCAAGGAGCAGGAGGAGGAGGAAGAAGAAGAAGAGGAGGAGGAGGUGAAGAAGCAGGCGUCGAGAGAGGAGGCCCUGAUGGAGGAUCCCUGCUCCCCAGAGACGGAGCAGAUGGGUGUGACUCCCUUCCUGAGCCGCGUGUUGCCCGCCGGGAUUCUCCAGGCCAGGAGGAAGCCAGCGGGGAGCAACACUGUGGGGCUAGUCCAGGUGAACGGCAAAUCCUACCCUCAGGCGUGUCUGAUGCUGGGCCAUGUGGGGUCGCUGCAUCCGGCCAAUCGCCUUGCGGCAUACGUCACGGGCCGCCUCUCCGGCGCAAACCGGCCCCAGAAGACCCCGGUCGCCCCAGCCCAGAAGACCCCCAUUCCCAGAAUACCCCCUCGCCCUGCUCCAGUUGUGAAGGAGGAGCCGAAGACCAAAGCCAAAGCAGUUACGGAGAGCGAUGUGCCCGCGGCCCCCCCCGCGCCCCGUCCCGUCACCACCUUCAGGACCCGCGGGCUGGGCUCCACGGCGCCGCCCUGCAGCACCUCCUUCUCCUCGCCCGUGUCCAUCACCGUGUCGCGCUCCCUGAAGGAGCCCAGCUUCCUGGCCGAGAGGGGCACCUACUCCUUCCGGAUCUGCCCGCCCGCCGCCAACCAGGGCCCCGCGGCGGCGGCGGCGGCCAGCGGCCCCGCCCGCCACCCGGCCGGGGUCUCCCUGCCCGGGGGGUUCACCCUCAUCCAGCUGCCCAAACACGGGGCCAACGGGGCCCUGGCGCUCCCGGUGGACCCGGAACGGUUCCCGUCCGCCGCAGACCGCGGGGAAGCCCCGGUGAAGAUCGAGGUCUGCCCCGAUAACGACGCAGACGUCGGGGCCCACGCCGCCGCAGAAGACCAAUCGGGCGCCGGCGUGCUCGAGGCCGGCUCCUCCCUCCCCAAGCUCGAGUGCGACGAGAAGAUGCAGUCGGGCGACAGCGACGACUCUCUGAGGCACGAACCGAAGAUGGAGGACAGAGCGGCAGAGGACGAAGAGUCGGGGCGAGGGUCCUCGGACUCGGACCGCGAGGAGGUCGGAGAUCUGAAGGAGGAAGGUGGCUUGGUGGACGUGGAGACGGUGGAAGAUGUGCCGGUGGACGUGGAGACGGUGGAAGACAUGACGCAGACCAUCGAUGAGCUGAGGAAGUCCGUCGGUGCCUCGUCCCGUAGUUUAUGGGAUUCUAGCGAGGAAUCGGGAUCCUCAAUGGAGUCAAAAUCAAUGCCCACCCAGCCCCCGGCUUUCGCGGUGGAGGAAGAGGAGGAAGAGGAGGAGAUGGAGGAGGAGCCUACAGACCUGGCGACGGGCCACAGGAGGAGGCAGCACAAGGUGCUGGAGAGGCUGCGGCGCAUGGAGCAGCGCGACCUCUUCAUCAAGUUGCAGACCCUCCUCCGCACCGACCCCAAAGCGCCCAAGCUCCGCCUCCUUUCGCAGGCUCAAACUGAGAUCAAAACCCUUGUGGAGACCUCCAAGGCUCUGGAAAAACAGAAGAAGAAGCUGUGCGAGAUGCAAAAGCUCUACGUCAGGAGGAUUUCCUGUUUGGCUGGAAAGCCCGAAGACCUCAUCAGACACAAGCUCAAAGAGGUCUACGAACGCAAGCAGCUGCUCAACGGUCAAAAGAAGGGCCCCUUCCCUCUUAACAAAUCGCCCCAGCUUGGUGGGCGAGGCCACGCCCCGCCCCCUAUGAGGCCUCAAGCCCCCGGCAUGGCCCCGCCUCCAGGCCCCUCCCACACACCUCCCUGGCCCCCACGCCCAAGGGGCCCGGUAGCCAUCGCCCCCUUCCCGUCCGCGACGCCCCCGGCCAGAGGCAGCCCUCCUCGCUGGCAACCUAAGGACCUGACGCAAGGGCCCAGGGACCAGGUCACCGGCCCCCACGCCCGCGAGAAGAAGCCCAAAGAGAAGGCCCCCCCGAAGGGUGCACUCGUGGCGAUGGCGCCGGAGCCCUCCGACGGCCCGGAAAUGACUCUUCCGCUGAUCCGCACCAAGACGGGCCGGAUCAUUCUGCCGUCCUCUCUGAAACCACUGGGGCAGGGAUUUUACACAAUCACAAUCAUGGAACCCGACAAGGAGAAAGCGAGUAGUAGCGUCGAGCCGGGGGAGGUGGUCCUACCGACCCCCUCGGACCCGAACGCGUCCACAGACCAAGCCUCCAAGCAGGACGGCGAGACCGGAGAGGAAGAGCCCGACUCGUCGUCCCCCACUGGGGACGAGGCCACCACGCCGCCGAAGCCCGUGUCGCUGGGGUCCAGGAAGUCCAUGUCCCCGCUGGUGGAGAUCGCCCGGCUCAACAAGUCCAUCAGCACCUCGUCGACCAGCCAGUCGCUGCUGCUGCGGAACGACGGCGGCGGCGGCGGCGGCGGCGGCGCCCGCGAGAGCAACGGCACGUCCCGCCUGAGCUUCAGCCCCUGCAGCCUGGUGUACGUCCCGCUGGUGCAGGACCCCGCCAAGGACGGGAGCCCGGGAGCCGGGGAGGCCGGUCCGUCGGUACCGCGCCGUGGCCGGGGGAGACCUCGGAAGCAUCCCCUGGUCCCAGCGGCCAAUCAGGCCGCAGACGACGCGGCCUUGGCCGAGUCCAUGGAAGCAGGAGAAGGAGGAAGCCCGGACAAAACUGAGGAAGAGGGGGACAGCCCGGUUCUUGUCAAAAGGGGCAGAGGGCGGCCUCCGAAAAAACGCCCCAUCGAGGAAAAUGACCGGUACGGAGGCAGUCCCCCCGCAAAGGCAAGGGAGGCUACGCCGAAGAGCCAGGGCCGGGGCAGGCCCCCAAGGGAGGUGUGGAGGAGUCCCGACAAGGCAAGGUCCACUGGGACGGUCUGUAGCCCAGACAUGGACCAGGAGGGGGGGACGGGCAGCGGCAAGCGGCCCCUUACCCGCGGGGCUCUCGGGAAGGACUUCCCUAGUGCCAAGCGGAGGUCUUGGAUAGACGUGGAGAAGGAACUUGGACUGGAUUAGCCUGGUUUCUAUGGCGGUGGUGUUGUUGUUUUGGUACGGUCUCUAUGCAAGCGGACGGACACGGGACGAUACUCGCGAGGUGGUGCUUCCUGUGCCACUGAAACCCGACUCCCCCCCCCCCCUUUUCUAGACCCUCGUUGCCCUAAUUACCCAGCAUGCAGCUCAAUCGUUCAACCGAGUGUUUACGUCGACUCAAAUCACAGGGAACCAUGAAGACAUGAACGAAAACACUUCCAAGAGGUGCCUGUAGGUGAUGGUACCGUUUUCAUGUUGGGUCUCAAACAUCCAGCGCUUUUUGUCCCAUUUGACAUUUGAAGCUUUGCGUUCAGACACUGGAUUCAGUAACGUGUUGGUAAAGUAAUGUGUUACGGAAACGUAUAGUCCCAUAUUGGGGUGCAAACACUGGUAUAUCCCAAUCUAUCAAAGGUGAAUCUCUACAGCUGUUGUGUAUCUUUCCUCAGUCCUUAAUGAGGAUGAUAUUAUGAUAUGAUAUUUUGGUCGUCGUCAUGUUUUUCAUUGCAUUGUCUUGGUCGAGGGAACAUAAUGAGUUAUCUGAAUUACAGUAAGGAGAUUUAAGGUCAAGAACUGUCUUGAAAACGUCUUGGACGGUACUUGCACACCACUAAACGGUCACAUACAAGCAGACUUUGGGUUGCCAUUUAUUAUUUUUAACAGCAUCUUGUAAUUUUGUAAGGCUUCUGUUUUGGGGCGGGGGGGUGGGUGCAUUAUUCCUCCAUGUUUUUUUAUUUACCAAUCAUGAAUUAAGUUAGCAGCACUUUAUUUGAUUAGUUUAAGCAAUCCGUAAUCUCUAACAGCUAGACAGUGUACUGUUUUGUCUCCAACCCCUUAGCCUCUCUUCCCCAUGUUAUUAAGAGUUUUAGGACGUUAUAGCUUCAGAUAGAUGUGUAAUGCUUUAUUAUUAAUAAUGAAAUAUCUUUCUGCUGUAACCUAAUGUUUGGCAAUGCAUCCAAAUGAACUGUUCUCAACGUGUGUGUGAAUGACCAAUUAUUUGUACAAAGAAACAUUUUUUUUCUUUUUCUCUCCGUUUGUGUGUAAUUAUUUUUCAUGAACUCCGAAGUUGGUGACAAGAUUAUGUGGCCUUGGAAAUAAAUAAAAUGAAUGUUUAUUUUGAAUUACUGCUUAACAAUGUGGUCUGCGUCAAAGCGUUUGUUACAGCGAUCGCGGCAGAUGUUGAUUGGGUUUGAAAACAAGAUGUGUGUAAAGCAGUUGCUCAAAGUUAAAGUCGGGGUCGCCAACAUCUUGAGUUAGAAACGGUCAGGGGCCAAACAUGUUGGGAAUAAAUGACUGCUAUAUGUAGCCUACCUAACAUGGUCGUACAUUUCCAGCCAAAAUGCAAAGACCGUUUGCAAGUAGAAGUAUUCUCAAGCUGUCCUCGGGGUGGUUAUGUAAUUUAACGCAGGAAUACACUUACAAAUGAUUCCAUUCUAUCAGUGUAACGAUCGAUUUCACAUUUGGACGUAAGGUAUGUACAUUUGUAGCGUAUACAUUGUCCCCAUGCUUCGCCAAGUAGGCUACGACUGGCGCGGAAACAGGCCACGUCAUAAAUACGUCACAGCGUCAGAGUCUCAACAAAGCCACAAUAGUAUCUAAUAUCUAAACAAACUCCACAUAAUAUAUCAUCUGCCUGUGUUGGUGAAUGCCAGAGGAAAGGAUUGUCUGGUAUAGGUAUGGAUGUGUGACUGAGUUGGUCAUGUCCACUAUAUCAGAAACUGGGGAACUAGGAGGGACAGGUGAUACAUUUUGUCACUCCCAUAAGAAAUAGCUAAGACCAUUUUAUCAAUCCCAUUGAUAAAAUAACCAAUACAAAGUUAAGUUUACGCUUAGCCAACACCUUCAAAUAUAAGCUUUUGGGUUACUUGAUCCCAUCAUGCAAGUUCCCAUGCAGAUAUGCCGUUUGCUCUAUUAACUAUAAUAUAACCAUAGCUCUAUUCAUUUGCAGGAAUUUUGAAUGCUACGAUAAUUCUACAA